UACAACCACGUAUAUAAUAUAGUUCUGGCUAUUCUGUGAUUAAACCAUUAUCUAUAAGCCAACAUUUUUAAGAAUAAUUAAUAAUAAUUAAUAAAUAAAUAAUGAAAAUCCUACUAUACUAUACAUUUAAGAUUUUUAAUAAAACUAAAACAAGUCAGAAAAUCAUAUUCUUAACUGUAAAGUAAAAAUUAAUAAAUUCUUCUACUUUUAUUUGUAUAACUUAUGACAUAGAGUACAUUUAAAAUAAUAAGUUUAUUUCGUACUUUCAUGCUAAUUUUAAAAAAUAAAGUGACGAAAUCUUUUCAAUUAUUAUUGUUGAUCUAGUUAUUUGUUCACUAUCAACAAUAUCCGUUGUUUGAAUGGAAACUAAGAUUUAUAUUAACGAAUCAAAUUACCAAAAUAGUUCAUAUAAUCCUCUUAAACAAGAGGAAACUCCGAGGAAAUUAUUAUGGGUUGAUAUAAGCCAUUUCUCUGAGUUAUGGCAAUUUUUCAUUUGCUCUUUAGUGGUAUUUCUUUUCUUUAUACCUUAUGGAUAUUUACAGGAAGCGAUAUUUGCGAUCAAAGGGUUUAAACCAUUUGGGUGGUACUUGACUCUUGUACAAUUUUUUAGUUACUCAAUUUUUGGAUUAAUAGAAAGUCAAUUCAAUAAAACUAAAAGGAGAAUACCUAUAAUAUUGUACCUUUUAUUAGGUUUAAUAUUGUUAGGAUCCAUGGGGUUUUCAAAUGCCUCACUUGGGUACCUAAAUUAUCCUACACAAGUCAUAUUUAAGUGUUGCAAAUUGAUACCAGUAAUGAUUGGAGGUAUAAUUAUUCAAAAAAAAGUUUAUAAACUCAUUGAUGUUUUAGCCGCAUCAAGCAUGUGUAUUGGACUGAUCCUAUUUACUUUAGCUGACAAUAAAGUUUCUCCUCAUUUUAAUCUUUUAGGAGUUAUUUUGAUAAGCUUGGCAUUAUUUUGUGAUGCACUUAUUGGAAAUUUUCAAGAAAAAAUGAUGAAAAAACACAAUGCUUCCAACGCUGAAAUUGUAUUAUAUUCAUAUUUUAUAGGGUUUUUGUAUUUGUUAUUAAUAUUGCUGGUGAAUGGAGAAUUCAGGGAAGGAACAGAAUUUUGCAUUCAGAAUCCAGAAACAUAUUUUUAUAUAUUUCUAUUUUCAUUAUCUGGAUUUUUUGGUGUACAAGCAGUCUUGGCUUUAAUCAGAACAUGUGGUGCAUUAGUCGCAGUUACUGUAACAACUUGCCGUAAAGCAGUUACCAUUAUUAUUUCAUUUUUAUUGUUUUCAAAACCAUUUACUUUUCAGUAUGUGUGGGCUGGAGUGUUAAUUGUCUUAGGAAUUUAUUUAAAUGUUUUGGGGAAAACAAAUUUCUCAAAUCUUAAACAAAUUCCUGUAAAAGUUGGUAAGCUAUUUGAAAAAUCUAGAAAAAGAAGAAAAUCACCUAUUAUAGUUUAAAUUGUGUAAAAUAUUAACUUUUUAUAAUCAACUUCACGUAAUAUCUUUAUACAUUAUACAAUGUUAUAAGUAAAAAUGUGAUUGCGUUAAUGUUUUUACACAACUGAUACUUGUGACAUAACAGACUUCAAGAAUAAAAUUAAGCUUAAUACUUUUGCACUAAAACAAUUUUAGUUGAUGGUUAUAAAAUUAAUGAAAAGAGAAAUAAAAGUUGGCAAUAAUGCUAAUACAGUUAAAGUUACCAAACUCUUUAUCUUUGAUGUGUAGCUGAGAAGACAUUGUUUUUAUAAUGGCUAUUUUUUAAUUCUAAAGAUUAUAUAUUUAUGUAUACUAGCUGCGUUGCCCCGGCUUUGCCCGGAGUUAUGCAAUAUGCCAAUUUUUUUUAAAAUUUGAUCCUACUUAUAGUUCUUGAGGUUAUACCUUGUGUAUAAUAUAUUAA